AUGAUAUUCGCUACCGUCGAAAUCAUUGUCUAUCCGAAUGUUCACAACUACAAAGCCGGCGUCCUUUUCUUUAGUUUUACCGAAUCAUUUGGAUUGAGCGGUUCAAAAACUAAAAAUAUUCCUAUUGCUAGUUACACGUUCUUUCAUUCUGCAACAAUGUCAUUAUUAUCAGUCCAAUUUAUUUAUAGAUACUGGGCAGUUUUUAAUGUUGAUAAGCUACGAUGCUUUAAAGGACGACAAGCCGUCGUCUGGUUUAUUUACUGUUCAUUUUUUGGUUUUCAAUAUGCCAUUGGAACCUUCGUAUUCUGGGCGCUCGAUGAAGUGUCAUCUGAUUACUUUCGAGAAGAAGUACUACUUCGUUAUAAUGCGAAUAUCUCUAGCUUCCCUGCAAUGUCUAUUGUUGCAUACGAUCCAGUUGAUGGAUCAAUCACUGCCCCCACAUUGAUUCUGUUUAUUCCAAUCACUUUUAUAAUAGUACUUCCAAUGUUCAACUUGGACAUUAGCCUUCCAUCUGGAGUAUUGUUGUGUUCCUUCACCCUGUACCCAGCUAUGGAUUCUAUAAUUGUGAUGUGUGUUGUGUCGGAAUACAGAAUAACUGCAAAGAAGAUCUUUAAAGUCAUUCGAAAAAUUAUUAUUGAGAUCCAUAAAUCGAGAAAUGAGCCAACAGCAACAUCGAGUGCUCCAUGA